AACAGUUGGCGACACUACAUAACCUAAAAGAUAAUAAAACGUGCAAGAUCAGAUGUAAACAUGAAGUUUAAAACUAAAAGUAAGAAAGAAGUUAAAGAGGACGUCAAAGAUAAUCUUGACGAUGGUUUUGGGGAAUAUACAGAUACUAAAAAGUGGUACGAUGAGAUAUCCGAAGACCCUGGUAAUUUUAAGCUUGUUUCUGACCAAGUUUGGAUUGAUUUAAAAGAUGAAGCUAAGAAAUGUUGGGAUUCUGAGGUGGCAAAUUAUAAUAUUAAAAAUUCUAAAUCGAACUCGAAUUUUCGAUGGAUGAAAACGGCGACAUCCAAAGGAACAGUUUCUGAUAAAGUAGCAGCUGGAACAAUAUUAAUCCAAAAUAAUCCCGUUGCUACUUUAGACAUGUUAAAUAACAUGGUGUCAUUAGUAAAAGUAGGAAAGAAACGAGAAUGUAUAAUUGUAAUGGAGACACUUUCAGAAUUGUUUUUAUCUGAUUUAUUAAGACCAAAUAAUAAAUUAAAACCUUUUUAUCAAAGACCUAUCGGUUUAUUAAACGAAUUAAGUUCAGGAAAUGCUGUCACAAGAAGAAAAUAUUUAGCGUAUUGGUAUUUUGAGGAUCAAUUAAAAGAAACUUAUACUACUUUCGUUUUAGCGCUAAAUAAAGUAGCUCAAGAUACUGUUGAUCAUAAUAAAGAAAAAGCUAUUGCUGCUAUGUAUAAGUUAUUAGCUGGAAAUCCUGAACAAGAAAAGAAUUUAUUAUCUUACAUCGUCAACAAACUUGGUGAUCCAUCACAAAAAGUAGCAUCAAAAGCAAUUUAUUGUUUAACCCAGUUGCUAUUAAAACAUUCAAAUAUGCAAGAAGUGGUUUUAUUGGAAGUUGAAAAAUUGGUUUUUCGACAAAAUAUUUCACAAAGGGCACAAUAUUAUGGUCUGUGCUUUUUAUCACAGUUCUAUUUAAACCACGAAUCUUCAAAUGUAGCAAGAAAAUUAAUUGAGGUUUAUUUCGCAUUUUUCAAGCUUUGUGUUGCAAAGGGUGAUGUGGACAGUAGGAUGAUGUCCGCGUUAUUAAUGGGAGUAAAUCGUGCGUAUCCUUAUGCCAAAUUAGAAUUAAAUAAAAUCUCUGAACAUAUUGAUACAAUGUAUAGAGUGGUACAUGUCGCCAAUUUUAAUGUAGCCCUCCAUACUUUAACUUUAUUGUAUCAAGUAUCUGAUUACGCCAACGACAUAAAUGAUAGGUUUUAUUCAGCUUUAUAUAAAAAAUUAUUAGAUCCAAAAUUACCAAGUACAACACACCAAGCUAUACUUUUAAAUUUAAUUUUUAAAGCUCUUAGUAAAGAUAAAGAAAUUAAUAGGAUUAUGUCGUUUAUCAAACGUUUAUUACAGUUAACAUUAUCGUUAGAACCUUCAUUUGCUUGUGGGAUGUUAUAUUUAAUCUCGCAAUUAUGUAAAGAUAACCCCAAUUUGCUUCAUUUAACAUUAAAAGAAAGCGAAUCAAAAGAAUUAAGUCAAUUCGAUGAUGAUGGGGAUGAAAAAUAUGAAGAUGUUGGUGAGAAUGUUAUUAAAAUCGAAGAUGACGAUAACUUACCUGGUGAAAAAAUUAACGAAGAAGCUUCAGAAAAGAAAAUCGAAGAAGAAGUUGAUAUAAAGCCUGAUAUUGACGAAUUAAAUAAAAAAAUUCAAACUUCCUCUUCCGGUUGGGUCCAUAGAACACAAACGAUUAAAAAAGAACACGAUUUAAAAGUUUAUAACCCAUUAAAUCGCAACCCUUUAUAUUCAGGAGUUCAAUACACUGCGUAUUUAGAAUUAUUAAAUUUACAAAAUCAUUAUCACCCUUCCGUGGCUUUAUUCGCAGAAAAAAUUUUAAAAGGAGAACCAAUUACUUAUUCGGGAGAUCCGUUACAAGAUUUCACGUUAAUAAGAUUUUUGGAUCGAUUUGUUUUUAAAAAUCCUAAAAAAAUCGAAGAGAUGAAACAAGGCGCGCAUCCAACGUUCGGAAAACGGAAACAUUAUCUCCCGUUGGGUCUCCGAUCGAUUUCUGUCACCUCAGAGAAAUAUCUUAAUCAAAAUGAACGAAAGAUUCCCGUCGACGAAUUAUUUGUGUACAAAUUUUUGCAAAAACGACGAGAAAACAAAUCGAAUGAGGAUGAUGAUGAUGAUAGCGAUGCUGAUUCGGUCGCAAGCGAUGAAUUUGAAGAAAUGUUGGAUAAAAUGCAAACGGGGAAAGUCGCUGAUGAUGAUGAUAUUGAUUUUAUGAACGAAAUUGGAAACAAUUUAAAGAAAGGAAAGAAAACGGCGAACAAAGAUAACGACGAUGAAGAUAAAGACGAUGAUGAUGAUGAUAUUGAUUUGGAUGAUGAGGACAUAGAUAUGGAUGAUUCAAACGAUGAAAAUGACGAUAAUGAAGAUUUUGAUGAAUUAAAAAUGAAUGAUGAUGACGAUGAAUUAAUUGGCGAUCUUGAUGAUGAUGAUUUAAGUGAUAUGGUGUUUGAUUCGGAGGAUGAAGAUGAUGGUGGUAAAAAAGAAAAGAAAAAGAUAAAUAAAAAGAAAGGGGAUGAUCUUGAUGGUAUUUUUGCAUCCGCGGAAGAGUUUGCUUCUUUAUUGGAAGAUGAAGGAAAUUCUAAGAGAGCUCCUGGUGGUUCUAGUGCUGUUUCAAAUAAAGAUAAAGCAGGUUUGAAACAAAUUGCGUGGGAAGAAAAACGGAAUCAUUGGUUACAUGGUUAUAAAAAAGCUGUUUCUGGAAAAAGCUUUAAUUUUCAAUCUAAAAGGAAAGUUUCAAGCCAGAAAGGAGGUAGUAAGAAAUUUGGUGGUAAAAGCAAAAAACAGAGAACUAAAUAGUUUUAAUAAUAAAUACUUCACUAAAAUAACUUAAA